AUGGUGGUGUUUGUUGACUAUGACCAUGAUCUCGGCAACCAUGUGCCGAAAGGCCCGGAUGCAUUUCAACCAUACAUUGAACCCGGGAAGCCAGCCUUCUCGAAGCUGAGCGUCGGCUUCGAACCCGAGAAAUCUGCUGAAGCUCCAUCGGAAGCUCCAACUUCUGAGCAGCAUUCUGUCCGGGAUGCUUUCUCAGUAGCUCUAGGCUGCUAUCCGAUAGCCAAGGAGAUUGCUCGCGCAGUUGACUUGAAUACGCUGUAUGCCCUUUCAGGAACGUGUCGUCAGUUCUAUGCAAACUUGGCUCCCUACCGGCAUCAGCUCGCCAAACAGACACUACGUUGCGAGAAUGAAUACAUUGAGACUCUUUCUGAAAUGCUGCACAGCGGCACCGCCAUUCCUGACAGUGUCAAGUCGGUGAUCCGACUGCUGAGCCGGGGUGCUCUGAAUUCUGGACAGCUCACGAGCGGUAAAAUCGCGAAAUGUGCUCGCGACAUGGUUGCCGAGUGUCGAGGAUGCUCGAAGAUUGUUUGUCGAAACUGUACGGCCAAACCCCCAAACAGUGCGACCCUGAAGAACCGCAUUCGCCGACUGUGCACGACCUGUCGUAAAGCGCCACUGAACAGCCUUGUCACCUCAUCUCUGCACGCUCCUAUACCUUCAACAUCCGAUACCCCAAAAUCUUCUGUUUUCCUGAGGGAUACAUGUACCUGCCAUGAUGUGCUUUGGUUGUGUAACCAGUGCGGUCAAAAGCUACGCAGGAACGAUACCACCUACCGCCGAGUUUGGACGUGGCGCACGCGGUACAGCACGUACCUUGGGGGCUUAGGAACAGGAAUUGGCGAAGGCUGCCAAGGGGUCAAAUGCGGGCGUGGCGAGAGCUGCCUCGCAGCACAGGAAAUUGAACUGGAAGUAGAGUGUGAGGCAGACGAGUCCAUGUCACACAGCCCUCCCGAGUACGGUUACCAUUUCGGACAUCGAUUUGCCCAGGACAAUAGCUCUCAUGACCACCCGGGCGAAAGAUGGGAGGACCCUGGUGAGAAAGAGCCGGGGUAUCUACGGCAAGAGAUCAUCGGCAUUGGAGGGCGGGUUAAACAGAGGGCGAAGAAGCGCGUUAUGGUAGGUGCUUGUGUGCCGGAGUAUGAGGACGAGCGGGAAACAGGGGAUUAUCUCACUCGUGAGGAAGAAGGGGCGCAUCGAAGUUGGUGCGGUUGGUGUUGGAGGGUUAUUCCUGCUAAGCAUGAGGUGUCUUAUGUGCAAGUGUAG